AUGGAGCACUCAUCUCCGCCCCCUGCGUUACAGCCCGCCGUGCCUCCUCCUCCCCCUGAGCUGCCUCCGCCGCACCACGACACGAUGCUCACGCUGGCGCUCAAGCCACCGCCUCCCCCGCUCGCCUGCGCGCUCUCCCCGAGACCCCCUCACUUGUGGAGGCCGCGGCCGGACGGCGGCGCCACUGCCGCCGCACUCGCCCGCGUGCGAUCCUCGCCCACCGGCGACACGCCGCCUUGCACCGAGUGCGGCAAGCGGUUCCCAUCCUGGAAGGCGCUGUUCGGCCACAUGCGCUGCCACCCGGAGCGCCAGUGGCGCGGGAUCACGCCGCCGCCGCACUUCCGCCUCGGGGCCGUCGGCGCGCCUGGCGCGGCCGCAGAAGCCGGGCAUAAGUUCACCGUGCAGGAGCGCGAGGUCGCUGCCAGCCUCCUCAUGCUGGCCGGUGCGCGGCCAGGCGCCGGCAAGGGCAAGAAGAGGAUUAUUUCUUGGCCAUCCUGGAAUGAGAGCUGUGGCGCGUCGACGUCUUCUGUGGUGGCUCCGGCGCCGGCCAAGUGCGACGACCACAAGUGCAGUGUGUGCGCUCGGGGGUUCGCGACCGGACAGGCUCUGGGCGGGCAUAAGCGGUGCCACUGGGAGAGAGCAUGCGCAGGGGUGUUGGUGGUUGCAACUUCCAGCAGUUGUAGCACGUUGGCAACGUCAGAGACAGCGGCGACAUCGACGGCUACCGCGCUGGACCUCAACCUGCCCCCGCCGGAGCCGCUAUUGACUGCAAAGAAAGAUCAAGGUGGCAGCAUGAACGCGAUGCUGGAUUUGAAGCUUGGGUAUUAA